AUGUCUGACGAUUACGCCAAAAUGCUUGAGCAGCAACGAAGAGCCUUUGAAGCUCAGUUUGGCUCGUUAGAAUCAAUGGGAUUCGAAGACAAGACCAAAAAUAUUGACAACGAAUCAAGCGAUGAGGAAAGUUCAAGUCAAGAAAGUUUCAAAGGAUUUAGUGAAAAAGAGGAUGAGAGUGAUGAGGAACUAGAGGAAGAAGAAGAAGAAGAAGAUGAUGAUGACGAGGAAAAUCUCGAAGGCGAUAAGUAUACCCCCUCCGUUACCAGAUCCGCUCCUAAAGUGAUUAAAUUCCAAGAUCCCAGCGGCACCUAUGAACCACCAUCAAAAAAAGAACAGAAACUGCUACGAAGUGGUAAACCUCUGAGGGAUACACCAUUGAACAAUAAGGAUUCAAAGCCCGAGUCUGAUUCAGACUCCGACCUCGAACAUCAAAAUAUAAAGAAUGACGUUGAACUUCAGAAGUUUUUACACGAAUCACACCUGCUGAGUGCGUUGGAUCCAUCAACUGAACCUAAUGCCCAAAUUCAUGGUAAAUCCAGAGCUAGAGCACUUGAAAUGCAUUUAAACCAUCUAUCUACAACCAACGGGAAUUCUCCGAAGUUAGAGAAAGUGCCUAUGCAUGUGCGUAAGGGUAUGAUUAACAAACAUCUACACAAAAUCCAGAGACAUGAAGAAGAGGCCAAGGACGCUGGUAUCAUUCUGUCAAGAACUAAGAAGGGACAAUUUCGGAGAAUUGAGUCUACCUAUAAGAACGACAUCGAACGUCGUAUCGGUACUACUAUUAAAACCAAGGAAAAGCAGCGGAAAGCCCGCAGACAGAGAGGACUUAAAGUACAAAGUGUUGGUAAAUCUACUCGUCAUGGUCUGAAGAUUUCUCCUAAGGAUAUCGACCGUAUAAGUAAAAGCUAG